AUGAGCACUGGUCUAUCCAGCUUGAUUGAAAGAUUGUCAACCAGCGAAGGAAUGCGUAUACUUCGAAAAUUGCUGUCUUGUAAAAACGAACAAAAAGAUAAAUUACCAUCUGUUCCUACUCGGCUGAUCUUUGAAAUUGAAAAAAAUUUAGAUAUGCAAGUUUUGUUGCGAGAACUAGGCGUCGAACAGUUAUUGACGCCCGACGCGAUUCCUUUGGACAACACCUUCGCGGAAGACAAUCAAUUCGUGCACUUCGGCAAUGCCGUGCACCGUGCUCGUGUCAAGGUCACGCAAGAGAACGUCAAGGCGGUUGCAGUAACCGUGAUCAGCGGACAGGAACCUUGUUCGAACGACAUUAUAACCGACGUGAAUACCGAUUAUCCAUUUCUUUGGUUAAUUUACGAUAAAAUGAACGCAGAUAUUCUCUAUAUCGGCGUCUUUAAUGAAGUUGGCAAGCCCGUUUCUUGAAUUAUUGGGUUGACAGAUACAAAUCUUAUCAAACGAACUGUUCAUUCUAGGAGUUUAUUGGAAAGUCUUCAUAAUUAUGAUAACAAAUUUAAGGGAAGCCAGUUUUGAAGUUUUAAAAAAUAUGAUUUGUGAGAAUUUUUUUUGGAAAAACU